CCAGCUCCACUGCUGUCAAGAUAUUGUCUUGCGCAAAAGCAACUCGGAGAGCUGGGGAUUCAGCAUAGUGGGUGGAUUCGAAGAAAGCAAAGGAAACCAGCCAUUCUUCAUUAAAACCAUUGUGCCUGAGACUCCUGCCUUCUGGGACCGGCGGCUGAAGUGCGGGGAUGAAAUUGUGGCCGUCAACGGAGUGUCUGCUGUUGGGAUGAGCAACAGUGAGCUCAUUCCGAUGCUGAAGGAGCAGCGGAAUAAAGUGACUCUCACAGUGGUCUCCUGGCCUGGCAGCCACGUCUAAGAGCCCAACUGGAAUAAGAGGCUUCAUUUGAAAUGCCUUUGGGGGAGCCUUUCAUUGGAGGGAAGAAACCAAGUGGUGGCUGAGCAGGUCUCAGACAGGCUUCCUCCAAGGGGCAGAUUUUUCUACAGAAAAGGCAAAGGUAGCUUGUUGUUGAGUUUGAUUUUAGAUCCACCCACUCGGUAAGCUGAAAACUGUAUUCUGAUAAGCAGCUGGAGGCAUCUCGGGCUGUGGUUAUUUUUUGUUGAACAGGGAAACUCUGAGCUUCUCCUGAAUUCCUCUCUUAAACCUGCCAAACUAAAGGCCAGCCGGCUGAAACUCAUCUGAUUGAUGGCCUUUAACACCAUAAUCUCGGCUCUUAGUGAACUGAAGUAGCAACCUUCAAGAUGCUGACUAAUCGUUGCAAUGGGUGAAUCAUUUAGUUUGGUCUCACUGUAGUUACUGGUGCCUUGAAUGCUCAGCCCUUGUUGAGGUGUAUUUAUUCCUCUUGUUCAAGCUGAUUGUUCAGCCUUGAGCCAGUCUCAAGAGUUAUGUAAUGCUUCACAGCCAUGUUUGACUUCAGGAGCUGCUUUCAAGGAGGUUUGGAAGCCCAACAGGAGGAUGUUCCUACUCAACUGAGCCCCCUUUCUGACUUUCUCUCCUGUCACUUAUUUCCCAUGAGCUCUGGAAGAGUAUUUCACUGCAGAAAGGCAGACUUUGGCCAUUUGAUAGACACCACAUAGAGGCUUUUUGUGUCUCUGCAGACAGGGGGGUGGGGUGGAGGUUCAAACAGGGUCAGCUGCUCAAUCUCUCUCACAGGGCAUGAAGGAUUCUCUUCCAGCUCAUUCCCAUCCUGACAAUCUCAUUAGGACCACAAUCCUGGUCGAGUUAGCUUCUUAUCUCAGCAGCUCCUUAAGACGGCCAAAGAAAAUACUGAGGAGGAACUAAAGCCAUUGUCCCUCCUGUCCCUUCAAGGGCAUUUUCCCUCUGCACACGUAACAUUUGCAGUCCUUCAGCUGAUUUUAUCUGCGGUUUACUGGGGAAAAAGGAGAUGAACAGGUGUUCAGUGUAGCAUCCUUAUCCACUCAGGGGGGAAGAAGCCAUCCAAAGCCACCUCCCUGCCUUGUUUUCCUUUGAUCUGAUCCCUGCACUGUUUGUUUGUUUUUAGAUGGGUCAUCUCCCUUAACUAAUUGAGCAUCCUUGUGAUUGUGAUUGCUUAACAAGAUUGCUUAACAAGUACGUCCUUUUGUCCUGUGACCAGUUGCACAGCAAAUGGAAAAAAGGAAUAAGCAGCCCGCCCUACAGAAAGGUAGCAAAAGCUGUGCCUAAGGAAGGCCUUUGCUAGGUUCCCUUGCCUGUGUGUGUAUGGGUGCCUAUGCUGACACUUGAAGAUAGAAAUUUUCUUUUUGUCAAAGUAAUCUUUCCCCCCUUAAAUAUCCUUAAUAAUUAUUUUCUAAGCAUAGGAUACACUACAUUUAUUUCACCAGGUUGAAAACUUGCUUUCUGUUGUCCAUUUUCUACAAAGUUUCACGAUUUACAAAGGGAUUCCACUAGCCUGUUUGCAAAUAUUGUGUGGUUGUGGAAUAAGUUAGACAAUUUAUUAGUUUGUCGUAAUUAGGAAAUUAAUAGGGCCUGCUACCUCCAAUUAAAAGGGAUUUCUCAGACCUCGAUUUGCACAGAAAUUUCAGGUUGCUGAAACAUGGCAACCUUCUACCACAGGACUCUCCAACCUUGGCCACUUGUGGACUUCAACUCCAGAGUUCCCCAGCCACAUGGAUAGCUGAGGAAUUCUGGAAGUUGAACUCCACAGGUCUUAAAGCUGCCAAGGUUGGCGACCCUAGUGUACAAUGCGCUUCUCUCACUUGCUCAUAAGAUGAGUGGGUGGGAGGCACACACAUCUCAGGAAACAACUUGCAAGGGGCUGCUGCCGCCCCCAGGCCCUUCGCUUCCUGGAGGCUCUGAUGAGCCUUUCAGUUGGAGCCUUAUUUCAUCUGAACAGCAAGUCAGGCUGAGGAAAACACAGGACUUGGCGUUCACAGAGGCUGUGUGAAAUAGCAAAUGAACAAAAAAGGACUUAUGAUUUAUGUUUAAAUCUGAUUCAUGCUUGGACUCUGUUGCCUCAUUUGAAUCUGACAAGUAGGCACUAGUGCUCCACUUAAGGAUGUUGAUUCACUUAAAAAUGUAUUUGUCGAAGUAUAUUUCUGAUGUCUGUCUUCAGAUGUGCUUUGAAAGGAUAUUGGUCUGCCUAAUUGACUGAUAAGAAUAUUGACUUCUGUCUUCGGGUUUGAGUCCCAUGUGACCUCUGUAAUGUGUGACUCUUGCAAUGGCUAUAAAAAGGAUGUCAAACCUUUUUUUUUUUCUCAAAUGAAGGGGACGUGUGUUUUCAUUUCAUUGUAUUGUCUGAUUUCAAUGUGCCUUCAACAAUCAGCAGGAAAUCUAGUAGCUACUGUAUUAUUUUGCACCAAAGAAUUUGUUGAAACUUGUAGAGACCUUUGUCAAUACUCUGAUACAUUUAUAAAUUAUUAUUCUGGAGUUA